GCCAAGGUAAAGGUUUGUGGGAUGACUUUACCCGAACACACGCUGUAGGGUUUAGUCAUCUUCUCUUGCUCUCAGGUCACGCAACACAGAACCCUACGUUUUGGAGAACCCCGAUAUCUUCCACAUUUUGAUCCGGCAGAGAAUUUCUCAGGCGGGCUCAACAUUUUUUUUAUUACCAAUGGCCACCGCUGCCUCGGCUAUGAGAUCCAUUCUUCGUUCAAGUUCCGUCAGGAGCGCAGCGGCGAGAGUUGCGUCGGAGGCCAAAGCAGCUCGCUCUUCUUUCCGUGUCACCAGCAAAAAAACCCUCUGCCAACGCACUUUCAGGUCUCCAGUUGAAAUGAGUUUCUGCCUGGAAUCAAUGCUGCCGUUCCACUCUGCAACUGCUUCUGCGUUGAUGACUUCAAUGCUCACCAUUUCUUGCCGUGGUUAUGGCCGGCUUCCAGAAGCUUGCAAUGAUGAUGUGUGAUAAUUGUUCAGAGGAUUCAAGCAAAGUUCAAUGUACAAAAUUCUGCAUUCUAAACAUUGCUGAUAAGUUAGAAGUUAUGACUUACAAUGGACUGCAGAAGAGCCAAGUUGGAUUUCCUGAGCUGGACCUAGCUGAACCAUUAGAUUUUUUUGUUUUCGUUGUUCUUUUUUUUUUAAAAGAAACUUAAUUAUAAAACUUCGACUUGUUUGAUUUCAUAUGCUUAAUAUGUGGCGGUAGACAUAAUAUGUAUUGCAAUUGUUUGCUUAACUUUUGUUGUAGUUCCUUCUAAAUUUUUUGUGUAUCAUGGUUGGUAAAACUUUGAGACAUCAUACUAAUUCCUCCCAUUCAAUCAGCUUGCGUUGAUGAUGUAUGAUGAAUGUCCAAUUGGAUCGAGGGUAGUACUUGUUCAAAAUUGCGUGCACACUAAAUCAUGCCUGAUAAGCUAGAUGUCUUGAACGAGAUGCCUACUGGACAGGCCAUUCUGACUCAAAUCUCUUCUGUGUUUAGGGCUGUAAUCACCUCUGAUUGUUGGCAAUUCUGGGCUGGGAUGGAAGGUCUUGCUGCCUUUUUGUUUUUGUGUUUUGGUAGAACUUCACUUUUUGAUCUUACAAGAGGUGCUGAUGGCAAGUAACCUUUUUAAGUUGCACGAAUAAACAAUUAGUGGCAUGUUUCUAUUCCGAAAGUCGUGUAGGUAUUGUCUCGUUUUUAUUUCUUCAAGGCCUCUGCAUGCAUCUUUUUCUUGUAUUGUAGAUAAAUGAAAUUGGGUCUUAUGUGAUGAUGAUCAAUGCAUGCCUCAAUUGAAUGUGGAAAA